UCAGUUGGGCUGCUGCUGCCUCACCAUGGCUGUUCUCUCUGCUGAGGUCCUACGCUGGCAUGCUCGCAUUGAGGAGCUGGAGGAGGAGCUGGAAGCUGAGCGGGCCAUCAGAGCCAAGGUGGAGAAGCAGAGAGACGAUCUAACCAGAGAACUGGAUGAUCUCACUGACCGACUGGAGGAAGCAGGAGGGGUCACCGCCUCACAGAUGGAGGUGAACAAGAAGCGAGAGGCUGAGCUGCAGCGUCUGAGGCGAGACCUGGAGGAGACCUCUGUCCAGUCGGAAGCGCUGGCUGUGUCUCUGAGGAAACGGCACGGUGAUGCCAUGGCAGAGCUGAGCGAACAGUGUGAGGCUCUGCAGCGGACCAGAGCCAAACUGGAGAAGGAGAAGCAGAACCUGAGGAUGGAGGUGGAUGAGCUGGCCGCUUCUCUGGAGAAUCUGCAGAAAGCCAAGAUGUCUUCAGAAAGCCAGAUGAAGAAACUGGAGGAGCAGCUGUCAGAAGCCAACAGGAGAGGAGACGACCUGCAGAGGACCCACAUGGAGCUCAGUGUGGCCAGGAACAGACUCACAGCUGAUAAUGCAGACGUGAGUCGACAGAUGGAGGAGGCAGAGACCAGAGCUAGCCAGCUAAGCCGCUCCAGGGCUCUGCUCCAAUCCCAACUGGAAGAACUGAAGAAACAUCUGGAUGAGGAGGUCAAGUGUAAGCAGGCGGUCAGCAGCAGUCUGGGCUCAGUGCGGCAGGAGUGUGAGGUGCUGAAGGAGCAGCUGGAGGAGGAGCAGGAGAGCAAGCAGGAGCUGCAGCGUCUCAUCUCCAAGCUCAACAGCGAGGUGACGCACUGGAGGACCAAACAUGAGUCGGAUGCCAUCCAGCACGCCGACGAGCUGGAGGAAACCAGGAAGAAGCUGGCAACCAGACUUCAGGAGGCCGAGGAGGCUGUGGAAGCCACCCAAGCCAAAUGUUCCUCGCUGGAGAAAACUAAACAGAGGCUGCAGGGAGAGGUGGAGGAGCUCUGCAUGGACCUGGAGAAGGCCAGUAGCUGCGGUCAGGCUCUGGAUAAGAAGCAGCGGGUCCUGGAGAAGCAGCUCGGAGACUGGAAGCAGAAGUGUGAGGAGCUGGUGGCUGAAGUGGAAGGCUGCCAGAAGGAAAGCAGGCAACACGCCAGCGAGCUCUUCAAACUCAAGACGACCCACGAAGAUUCUCUGGAGCAGCUGGAGGCCCAACGCAGAGAGAACAAGGUCUACCAGGAGGAGGUAGCUGACCUUACAGACCAGCUCUCAGAUGGAGGUAAAAGUGUUCAUGAGCUCCAGAAAGCAAAGAAGAAGAUUGAGAUGGAGAAAGAAGAGUUACAGGCCUCACUGGAAGAGUCUGAGGCAGCUUUGGAGGUCGAGGAGACCAAGGUGCUGAGGCUGCAGCUGGAGUUGUCUCAGGCUAAAGGAGACCUGGAGCGCAGACUUCAGGAGAAGGAGGAAGAAAUGGAAGCUGCUAGAAAAUGCCACCAGAGGGCGCUUGAGUCCCUGCAGGCCAGUCUGGAUGUGGAGGUGAAAGGCAAAGCAGAGGGGCUGAAGCUGAAGAAGAAACUGGAGGCUGACAUCAAUGGGCUGGAGCUGCAGGUGGACAUGCUUACCAAGAACAACGCAGAGCUCAGCAAGAGCAGCAAGAAGAUGCAGCAGCAGAUUAAGGAGCUGCAGGCCCAGUUGGAGGAGGAGGUACGGAGCCAUGAGGAGUGCAUAGAGGAGCAGGCGGCCAUGGAACGACGCUGUACUCUAUUAGUCAACGAGGGGGUGGAAACUCUUGCGGCCCUGGAGAGCACAGAGAGGUCCCGCAAGGCCCUGGAGACGGAGCUGCAGGAGGCCAGAGAGAAACACAGCGACCUAAACAACCAGUUCCAGUUGGCUCUAAGUGGGAGAAGGAAGCUGGAGGUGGAUCUCCAAACUCUACAGCAGGAGCAUGAGGAGCUGCAGGGAGCGCUAAGAGGAUCCACAGACAAGUCCAAGAAGGCCAGCUGUGAGUUGGUGCGAGUGGGGGAGGAGCUGCGUCUGGAGCAGGAGCACUCACUCCACCUGGAGAGAGUGAAGAAAGGCCUGGAUGCUCAGAUCAAAGACAUGAGCAGCAGGCUGGACGAGGCCGAGCAGAUGGCUCUGAAAGGAGGCAAGAAGAUCAUCCAGAAGUUGGAGGGAAAGGUGAAGGACAUGGAGCUGGACUUGGACUCGGAGCAGAAGCGGCACGCUGAGACGGUGAAGACGCUGCGGAAGAACGAGCGUCGUCUGAAGGAGCUGCUGUUUCAGUCAGAGGAGGACCAGAAGAACCAGCAGAGGAUGCAGGAGCUGGUGGAAAGGCAGCAGAACAAGAUGAAGGCCUACAAGAGACAAGUGGAGGAGGCUGAGGAGCAAGCUAACAUGAACUUGGCAAAGUACAGGAAGACCGUCAAUGAACUGGAUGACGCUGAGGAGCGAGCCGACAUUGCUGAGUCGGCACUAACCAAGAUCAGGACCAAGAACAGAGGCAGUUUUGGAAAGGGAUACUCCUCUGGUUACAGCACUCCGUACCCUGGCCUCGUCAGGUCCCCCAGCUCUGUGGGCUCAGAGGGCAGAGGGGAGAAGAUCCUCAACGACGACAACGAGUCGGUCAGCUCCCUCAUCCCAGCGUAUCUCAACUCUCUCAAGAAGCUCAUGGUUGAUUAGAAGCCGUGACUUGAUCAGUCAGCAUUUCAGAGCACCAAUACAACUCUCCAGGCGCUACAUCACUCCAGCUCUGAUGAAGAAGCGAAACAUGGCACAGUAUGAAGUUUGAAACAUCAUAGAGGCUGAGGUUGUAGUUUCAUAACAUAUUUAGGUCAUUCAUAAACCAUUCAGUGUGUGCCACCUGUUUGUUCAUUGGACUUUUCUACAAUGUACUCUUUCCUUCCUCUGUCAGGACUGCAGUCUGCAAGAUCCCGACUUUAAUAAUACACUCCAACACAUUUUUAUAUCUACUGUAUAAUGUAAUAUUUGUAUGUAAAAACUGAUUGAAUAUGGAAAACUGUAAUGUAAUUGUCUUCUAAAUUCCCCCAAAAUUUAGCAUUUUAUUACAACCAGUUAUAAAUCAUUUAUAAGCCAGUUUAUUUGGAAAAGUAUUAACAGAGUUGUUUACAUUUGUAAAUGACAGUUAUUCUGAGAUAGCCUAUAAACUAUUCAUUAUCAGCUUUAGCUAAGAAUACGUUUAAAUUUAUAAU